CACAGCAGCAAGUGCUACUAAUGUUGGGUUUAAUGUGUCAAGCAGCCCUUCAGUGAUCUAUUCCUAAUUUUAAACCAUGCAAUGCUAACCAGACAAAUUCCUUUAUCGCCGAAAUCUAAAGACUCGCGUCUUCUUAAACCUGUACGGAGAUAGGACAUCCUCCACUAGAUUAACAACUCCACCGUCGUUUUAAGAGCAAAACAGUUUUUCUGAGAGCAAUGCAUAUUUAUAGCUGAUAUCAGAGAUCACUGGGAUAACAGCUGAAUCAGAUCAGUCCCAUCUCUGUUGUUCCUUUGCGAUAGCUAAAUAUCAUGAGGCGGUUAAUGAUUGACACGACUUGUACAGACCACUGGGUGUUGUCCUUUUCUUCCAUGGAAAUUCAGAUAACGGUUUCCUGGUUAGAGACAGGAUACAGGUCUUUAUCUGAGCAGUAUAUAGUGCACAUUUCAACAAAUUAUUGCGCACCUGAAGAGGAAUAAAAAUGGGGAAAUCAGUCACAGUGCUUCACUGGCUUGUCCUCACUCUGGGACUAGUUGCGGCUCAAGCAGAGAAAGCUGAGCAAGCUCUGCCAAACUGGCUCACGGGAAUCAUCGCCGUUGCUGUUUUCCUUUUUCUUGUCUUCAUCGUCUUCCUUGUGAACAAAGCCUGGUGUGAAACCCCAAGCGAACCAGAAGCAGUGCCCACCGAAUACGCCAUGACUAAUGGAUCAACAUGUGAAACCAGUCUGGACGCAGUCAGGAGCAGUGAAGACCCUAAAGCAUAUGAGAACGCGAUAGUUCACCAAACAGAUGAAAAAGUGACCAAGAUGUAAUCUCAAGGAAACGUCCACAAUCAGCCGAGUCAGCACCCCAUGUUAACCUUACUUUUUGUUGUAAAUAAGUUAUCAUUUUAAUAGCUGACACAGCUCAUCUUGUACCAAAGGUUAGCAGUGAUUUUUGCAGGUUUUAGUAAUCGACUACAUUAACUGUAGUUAAUUCUAAAGAACAUUUGUUGAACAUGUUACUGUAAUAUCAGACAUUCAGUAUCUCUCUGAUCUUUGUGGUGCAAACCUCUUUAAAUAAUAUUCAUAAAUAAUAUCCUCUACCAUUGAAAAGUCUUGGAUCCUAGGAUUUUUAAUGUUUUUGAGACUUUUAUGCUCACAUAGGCUGCAUUUAUCUGAUCAAAAAUAAUGAAAACAAUAAUAUUGUGAAAUAUUAUUAUAACUUAAAAUAACUGUUUUCUAUCUGAAUAUAUAUUUUAAAUGUAUUCCCCCCCCCACCCUUUGAUUUAAAGCUAAAUUUUCAGCAGCCAUUACUCACUAUCUUCACUGUCACAUGAUCUUUCUGAUUUGUAGACCAAGAAACAUUUAUUUUUAAUGUUGAAAACAGCUGUGCCGCUUAAUUUUUUAUUUUAUUUGGAAAUAUUUCUGAUGAAUAAAGUUCCAAAGAACAGCAUUUAUUUAAAAUAUGAAUCCUUUGUAACAUCAUGUCUUAAACUUUCGAUUAAAUGUAAUGCAUCCUUGCUGAACAAAAUUAUUUUCUUUAAAAAAAUAUCUUACGGUCACUAAUCAUUUAAAUGGUAGUGCAUGUAGAAAUAGGUGUUGUGAAUGUUUCUUGUGCAUUAAAACAUUAAAAUAAAGCUUAAAAUAAAAUCAUAAAAAGUCAAAAGACGCUUAAAAUGAAAAUAACUUUAUUUUGACACUUUAGAUAAAUUCUACUUGUCCAAAAUAAAGUCAAAGACCAUAAUGACCACUUGUUUGUUUUGCAAAUGUUAAUAAAUCAGCUUUAUUUCA